UCCACGCGUUGUCUCCCCACACCCUAAAAACAUAAAAACACAACUUUGUUUCUGCGCGCUUUCCCCCCAAUUUUCACUCUCACUUCCUCCGCAGUCCAACCGCACUCUCUUCGCCCUCACACCAGACUAUCGGCGUUCACCAGCAUAAAUCAGCCAAGGGUGGGGGUGAAGUAGAGCAGGCGAAUGAUGUCAAUUGAUGAAGAAAUUGCUUUGCGAGAUGUGACUCAUGCUGGUCUUGUUGUCAGUGACCGCAUUAGCCGAGAUGUCUCCGCUCGGCUCGACCUGGAUGAAGCGUUAGAUGCUGCUAGAUAUGCUAGUCACCCGUAUACUACUCACCCUAAAGAGUGGCCUCCGCUAGUUGAAGUGGUAGAUAGCUGGGAGUUACCUAAUGUUCUUGUAGAAAGAUAUAAUGCUGCUGGUGGUGAAGGAACUGCUCUAUGUGGAAUUUUUCCUGAGAUACGUAGGGCAUGGGCAUCAGUUGACAACUCCCUAUUUCUUUGGCGUUUUGACAAGUGGGAUGGACAAUGUCCUGAAUACAGCGGAGAGGAACAAGCUAUUUGUGCCGUGGGCCUUGCUAAAUCUAAACCUGGUGUUUUUGUUGAAGCUAUUCAGCAUCUUUUGGUUUUGGCAACUCCUGCUGAGUUGAUCCUUGUAGGAGUAUGCUGUUCAGGAACAGCUGAUGGAACUGAUCCAUAUGCAGAGCUCUCCUUACAGCCAUUAUCCGAGUAUACUGUUCCAUCCGACGGAGUCACAAUGACUUGUAUUACGUGCACUGAUAAAGGCCGCAUUUUCUUAGCUGGCCGUGAUGGUAACAUUUAUGAACUGCAGUACACAACAGGAUCUGGUUGGCAAAAACGUUGUCGUAAAGUUUGCCUUACUUCCGGUCUGGGUAGUGUCCUUUCGAGAUGGGUUGUGCCAAAUGUCUUUAAAUUUGGUGCCGUUGAUCCAAUUGUUGAGAUGGUUUUUGACAAUGAAAGACACAUAUUCUAUGCAAGAACUGAAGCUAUGAAACUCCAAGUUUUUGAGUUAGGUCAAAAUGGAGAAGGCCCACUUAAAAAAGUGGCAGAGGAAAAGAACUUUAUCAACCAGAGGGACCCAAAUUCUGGAGGUAGACAGUCAACAGGGACAAGAGCAGCUGGUGGAUCUGGAAAACCCUCUAUUGUUUGCAUUUCACCUUUAUCUUCACUAGAGUCAAAAUGGCUUCAUCUCGUUGCUGUUUUAUCCGAUGGGAGAAGAAUGUAUUUUUCUACUGGUUCUUGUGGGUUUAACGGUUCAGUUGGAGGUCUGCAUGAAUUUUCUAGUAACCAUCCUAGACCAAGUUGUUUGAAGUUUGUUUCAAUCAGACCAUCUCCUCCUCUUGGGGUCACUGGUGCACUUGGUUUUGGCUCUGUUCCUCUUGUUGGCCAUGCUCAAAGUGAGGAUCUCUCUCUGAAAGUUGAAACAGCGUAUCAUUCUGCUGGAACUCUUGUGCUUUCUGAUUCCUCACCACCAAAUGCAUCCUCUCUUCUAAUUGUUUGCAAAGAUUACACUGCUCAGUCGUCUCCCCCAGGGAAUAUGGCGACUAGUGUGAGGAGCACUCGUGCGUUGCGGGAAACUGUAUCUUCUCUGCCUGUAGAAGGCAGAAUGUUGUUUGUGGCAGAUGUUUUGCCCUUACCAGACACUGCAUUAAUGGUGCAAUCUCUUUAUUCAGAAGUCGAGUUCUUUGGUUUGGGUAGCUCAGGUGAGUCGUUGGAGAAAGCAUCUGCAAAAUUAUGGGCCAGAGGCGACCUUUCAACUCAGCAUAUAUUACCAAGGAGGCGGAUUGUUGUAUUCAGUACCAUGGGGAUGAUGGAGUUAGUUUUCAAUAGGCCAGUUGACAUUCUUAGAAGGUUGCUGGAAUCCAACUCACCAAGAGCAGUUCUGGAAGACUUUUUCAACCGUUUUGGGGCAGGAGAAGCUGCUGCAAUGUGUUUAAUGCUGGCUGCAAAAAUAGUUGAUACAGAAAAUAUCACAGGUAAUAUUGUUACUGAAAAAGCAGCUGAGGCGUAUGAGGACCCAAGAUUUGUUGGAAUGCCCCAACUUGAAGGAAGUAGUGCACUGUCAAACACAAGAACAGCUGCUGGGGGAUUUAGCAUGGGGCAGGUAGUUCAGGAGGCAGAACCUGUAUUUUCAGGUGCCUAUGAAGGGUUGUGUUUGUGCACAGCAAGAUUGCUUUUUCCACUGUGGGAGCUUCCUGUUAUGGUUGUAAAAGGCGGUUCAAGUUCUCCUGAUCAAUUUGAAGAUGGUGUUAUAGUGUGCAGACUUUCUGGUGCAGCAAUGCAAGUUCUUGAAAACAAAAUCCGUUCCUUGGAGAAAUUUUUUAGAUUACGCAAGAAUCAGAGAAGAGGAAUGUAUGCACGUGUUGCUGGUCUCGGAGAUUUGACAGGUUCAAUUUUAUAUACAAGUGGUUCAACUCUAGGGGGUGGUGACAGAAGCAUGACAGGACAUUUGUUUGGAGGUUAUUCUUGGAAUAUGGAGUCUGCUGAUGUACUUGCAUCUAAUAGAAGACAGCGGCUACCAUACGGUCCUGCUGAACUUGCUGCCGAGGAGGUAAGAGCGAUUGAAUGCCUUCGGCAGCUGCUCCUCAGAUCCAGCGAAGCUCUCUUCCUGCUACAACUGCUUUCUCUGCAUCAUGUAUCACGGUUGAUUCAAGGUUUUGAUGCUGAUUUAAGACGUGCAUUAACUCAGAUGACCUUUCAUCAGCUUGUAUGCUCUGAGGAAGGUGAGAUGCUACCAACCAGGCUUGUAUCCGCCUUGAUGGAGUACUAUACUGGUCGUGAUGGUAGGGGAACUGUGGAUGACAUAAGUGGGAAACUGCGGGAAGGUUGCCCAAGUUACUAUAAGGAAUCUGAUUACAAAUUUUACUUAGCUGUGGAAUGUCUCGAGAGAGCCGCUGUAUCUUCUGAUGCUGAAGAGAGGGAAUCUCUUGCUAGGGAGGCCUUUAAUUUCUUGAGUCAAGUCCCAGAGUCUGCAGACUUACGCACAAUAUGUAAAAGGUUCGAGGACCUGAGGUUCUAUGAAGCUGUUGUGCAGUUGCCUUUGCAAAAGUCUCAGAUUCUUGACCCUGCUGGAAACGCCUCUAAUGAGCAAAUUGACCCAGCAAUUCGAGAACGUGCUCUUUCUCAGCGUGAACAGUGCUAUGAGAUAAUUACUGGUGCUUUACGUAACCUGAAAGGAGAAGCAAUUGGUUCUCCCUCUAAACCUGCCUCUGCAAGAUCUAUCCUUGAUCAGUCCUCUAGAAAGAAGUUUAUUUGUCAAAUUGUUCAGCUCGCUGUCCAAUCAUCUGAUAGAAUAUUUCAUGAGUAUCUGUACCGAACUAUGGUUGAUUUGGGUCUGGAGAAUGAGCUUUUGGAAUUCGGAGGUCCUGAUCUGGUUCCGUUUCUGCAGCAAGCAGCCUCUGAACCCAAAGAGGAGGUACGUGCUGCCUCAUCAACAGUAUACCCUACUUCAACAGUGGGUCGUAUGGGUGUUCGUGAUCCUUUUAAUCAAGCCAAAUAUUUAGAUCUCCUAGCACGCUAUUACAUCAUGAAGCGCCAACAUUUGCUUGCAGCUCAUGUGCUGUUGAAGCUAGCAGAAAGGCGCUCCAUGGAUGAUAGAGAUGUCCCUAGCUUGGAGCAGAGGUGUCAGUACUUAAAUAAUGCUGUUUUACAAGCAAAAAACGCCAGCAAUAAUGAUAAUUAUGGGAGUUCUGCAAAAGGUGCAUAUGAUGACGGGCUGCUUGAUUUACUUGAGGGAAAGCUUGCUGUGGUGCGCUUUCAGAUAAAGAUCAGAGAAGAAUUGGAGGCUAUAGCCUCACGGUCAGAAGCAAGCACUGGCACAUCGGAGUCUGGCGAGAAUGAAGAGACUCCUGUGAGGCGUGAAGCUAACGUAGCUAGCUCUAUGAAAGAGAAGGUGAAAGAGUUGUCAUUUGAAUUGAAGAGUAUAACUCAGCUGUAUAAUGACUAUGCCGUUCCCUAUGAACUUUGGGAGGUUUGCCUCGAAAUGUUGUAUUUUGCAAGCUAUUCUGGUGAUACUGACAGCAAUAUUAUUAGAGAAACUUGGGCCAGACUUAUUGACCAGUCUCUUUCAAGGGGUGGUAUAGCUGAGGCUUCUUCUGUUUUGAAGAGGGUUGGUCCUCGUCUCUAUCCUGGAGAUGGAGCUAUGUUGCCAUUGGAUACAUUAUGUCUUCAUUUGGAAAAGGCUGCACUGGAGAGAUCUACUUCUGGAGUCGAGUGUGUUGGAGAUGACGAUAUUCCGCGAGCUCUCCUUGGCGCCUGCAAAGGUGCUGCAGAGCCUGUCAUCAACACAUAUGACAACUUACUAUCUAAUGGUGCAAUUUUAACAUCACCAAUGCUCAAGCUACGGCUUCUUCGCUCAGUUCUUGUUGUGCUUCGAGAAUGGGCAAUGUCUAUUUUUGCACAGACAAUUGGUACAAGUCCUGUUGGAGCUUCACUGAUCUUAGGAACAUUCCUGCCUGACCAAACUGCCGGUGGUGGUAACCAAGGGGUUCGGGAUAAGAUCACCAGUGCAGCAAAUAGGUAUAUGACCGAGGUACGAAGAUUGCCUAUUUCGCAAAGCCAGACGGAGGCAGUAUAUCGUGGAUUCCGAGAAUUAGAAGAAUCACUAAUAAGUCCAUAUUCUUUUCAGCACUAUUAGCGGUGUUGCAGCAAGUUCCUGUAUGUACUGUAUUAUUAUCCACAGUUUUGAAAUGUGACGAUUGUAAGAGUGUCUUUGAGUAGUGAAUUAAAAGCGUUCAGUUUUUGUUGUCAAUUCAAAUUCUUUUUCUACGAUGUCUAGCAAAAGAAACAAUUUGACAUUA